UAGAAACGCAAAUACAAAGAAUACAUUGUCCCACAUAUCUUCGGCGACCUUAGGCAGUAAACUUGUCAUAUCAUUUCAGGCCAAUAUCUGGCACUCCAUAUCUCGAAUACCUAUUUACUCCAGCAAAGCGGAACUAUGUCUCUGUAGCCAGAUAUCCCACAAACAAUGCUGGAUACUGAAGAUCGACAGCUGCAUUUCACAUAGCAGCCACAACCCAGUCUAUAACUAGACAUACAACUUUUAUUCAGCUGACCUACAGAAGCCUGCUGCCAUAUGGAUACACAGGUCGAAAACGCGAUUCAAAUCGCCUGGGACCCGACAUCAAGCCAAGUACUCAAGGGCCAGGCGUUCGAAUUUCUCAAUCAGCUCCGUGAAGAUGUCUCCGGCUGGCAAAUAUGCCUCACACUUUUUACCCGCACGCCACAGACAUCAGAGGUUGUGCGCCUCGUUUCUAUUGAGAUAGUUAAUAAUGCCGUUGCAAACCAACAUCUGGAUCAGGCGUCUUUGAACUUUCUGAAGGAUAGCUUGCUCGAAUAUUCUCGCCGUGUGUAUGGAGGAUCAGGCGGUCAGCAACAGGCCGACUCUGCGAGUUUGCAAAACAAACUGACGCAAACCCUAACAUCGGUGUUUGCUUUCUCAUACCAACGGGGAUGGGAAACCUUCCUUUCCGACUUCCUGUCCAUGACAUAUCUUCCAAAUAGCACCUCUUGCGACAAUCUGGCCGGCACUGCCUUAUACCUCCGCAUCCUCGGUUCUGUCCACGAUGAAAUCGCUGAUGUGUUUUUAUCCCGGACCGGUGAAGACCAAAAACGUAACAACGACCUGAAGGACCUUCUCAGAGAGCGCGACGUUCCUAAGAUAGCUACGUCGUGGCAGGAGAUUCUCACAUAUUGGCAGGGCAAGGACGAUACAUUGGUUGAGAUGUGCCUCAAGGUUAUUGGGCGUUGGGUUAACUGGAUCGAUAUAUCUCUAGUUGUCAACCAAAACUUCCUUACCAUCCUCCUCCAGCUCAUCGGAAGAGUUACCCCGAACAAUGGCGAGGACAAGGUUAGAGAUGCUGCUAUAGGGUGUUUGACGGAAACCGUGGGCAAGAAAAUGAAGCCGGGAGAUAAGAUGGACAUGAUUGAAUUCCUGAACUUGGGCGACAUUGUUUCCCAACUUGUUGCCAGCCCAGCAUUGGCAAACCGCUUUGGAUCCGACUACGAUGUCGACUUUGCAGAGGCUGUAGCCAAGCUUGUUAAUGGUGCCGUAUUCGAUAUUGUCAAGGCCUUGGAAGAGAGCGCAGACGGCUCUCCAACACGUGUUAAGGCUGAUCAACAACUUCUGAUUUUCCUGCCUCACCUUCUACGAUUCUUUUCGGACGAGUACGACGAGCCAUGCUCAACUGUUAUCCCAUCUCUCACAGACCUCCUCACCCUUUUCCGCCGUGCACAGCCACUACCUGCGCAGUACUCCUCUAUGCUCUCGCCCAUUCUUAACGCUAUCAUUACAAAGAUGAGAUACGAUGAUACGGCGUCUUGGGAUGAUCAAGUUACAGAGACUGAUGGGGCAGAAUUCAUGGAACUGAGGAAGAGACUUGAAGUUCUCCAGAAAAUUGUAGCUGCAGUUGAUCAGACUCUGUAUAUUGACGUCCUGAGCAAUGUUGUCGGAAAUACUUUCCAGUCGAUCGAGCAGAGUGGGUCUGGAGUCAACUGGAGGGACAUCGACCUCGCUUUGCACGAGAUGUACCUCUUUGGUGAGCUUGCUGUUCCAAACAGCGGCUUAUAUGCGAAGAGCCAGCCCUCAAGUGUCGCAUCAGAACGCUUGAUUGCGAUGAUGCAAAAGAUGAUUGAAUCUGGUAUCGCAUCUUACAACCACCCAGCCAUUCAGCUACAAUACAUGGAGAUCUGUGUACGCUACUGCUCUUUCUUUGAGAAUCAGUCGGCAUUCAUCCCUCAAGUUCUGGAGCACUUUGUAGCGCUGGUUCACCACAAUCAUGUCCGCGUCAGAACGCGUUCAUGGUACCUAUUUGGCCGAUUUGUAAAGCACCUGAGAGCUAUACUCGGAAAUGUCGCUGAGACGGUAAUUACCUCGAUCAGUGAUCUUCUUGUCAUUAAGGCAGAAGUCCCCAAACCUGAUGACGAGGAUGAUAUGUCCUCUGAUGAGAGCGACCACUCAGCGGGCGCCGUCUUCACCAGCCAGCUAUAUCUAUUCGAAGCAGUUGGAACUAUUGCGUCCACGUCAACAACCCCAGUCGACAAGAAGGUUCUAUAUGCCAGAAUGGUACUGGAGCCCCUCUUCGCGAACAUGGAGCAAGCGCUCCCUACGGCCAGAAAUGGAAAUGCUCAGGCUAGCUUGCAAAUCCACCAUAUCAUCAUGGCGCUCGGGACACUCGCCCAUGGAUUUUCGGACUGGACACCAGGAAUAAGCAGCGCUGGAAGCAAGGCCCCGGCAGAUGAAAUUUCACAGGAGUUUGAUCGCGCUGCCGAAGCCAUUCUCGUUGCUUUGGAAUCCUUGAAGUCUCAACUCGAAAUCCGAACGGCUGCUAGGUUUGCUUUCACACGCCUCGUUGGAACGGUUGGCGCCAGACUUCUACCACAACUUCCGCGUUGGAUCAGCGGCCUGCUUUCAACGGAAUCUUCUAAAGACGAAAUGGCUAUGUUCUUGAGAGUCCUUGACCAAGUAGUCUUUGGCUUCAAAACGGAAAUAAUUGGGGUGCUUGAUUCGCUCCUAUCGCCAUUGCUCAUGAGGAUUUUCAACAGCUUGGGAGAGGCAGUUUCGGGAACUGAUGACGAGAUCCAGCUUGGGGAGCUCCGACGCGAGUACCUGACUUUCCUCCAGGUCAUUCUCAAUAAUGAUCUGGCGUCUGUGCUUGUUAGCGAGACCAAUCAAGGUUUGUUCGAUGUUCUCUUAAUCUCUGUCGAAACACUGGCAAAGAAUGUGAACAAUGGGACAGGCCACCUUGCCGCGAGCCGCAUGGCAUUUUCAAUUCUUGCCAAGAUGGCGCAGCUGUGGGGAGGACCGGACGUGGCUACUCCAUCCCAUUACCCGGAGACAGCUACACCAGCUCCUACUCCAGCUUUCCCAGGCUUCGAUCAAUUUCUCAUCAACCGCUUCAGCCCUGUCUGCUGGGAAGUCCUCCGUAACCCCGAUUUCCGACCAUACCAGGACGCACAAGCUAAAUCGGUACUUACUGAGAUUGCCGGUCUACAGCAAAUCAUCUAUAGCAAAACAGGAAUGCUCUUCAUUGAGCAUCUGCAGCAAUCCUUUUUCCCAUCCAUGGGCUUUGACGGAUCUGACAUCAUCCGUUCGAUGACGACCUCCAAUGACCGAAAAGUCUUUGCAAACUUUCUCGUUGCAUUCUUGAAGCAGCGCGCAUAGGAACUCAGUUGGUAAAUAUAAAGAAAUGAGACCCGUAAGCGCAGUGGGCAUUCAGCAUAGGCGUAUCUCUGGUUUGUUAGGUUGCAUUUUGCAUCUUUGUUUUGCACUUUGCAUUUGGGUGGGAGUUGGUCCUCGGCUUUAUACCAUGUCAAUGAGGCAUGUUUACAUGAUGCGAAUGGGGGUUGGGAAGGGUUAAGUAGGCGGAGGGGACCGGAGGAAUAUGGAUGGAAGUCAGCGGCGGAUAUAGAUAGAUAGACAUACAUAUAUGCUAUGGUAAAAAAUGAAUGACCAGA